CUAUUCCUAAACUCCAGUAAAUCAUCAUGUUCACCACCUUUGAAGGUUCAAGACCAGUACAAUCCUCGCGAGGAAGACCCACCAAACGAGCUCAAGUCGCCCGAGCAUGUAACUGGUGCCGAGUGCACCGCGUCAAAUGCGAUCGAAACGAGCGCUGUCAGAGUUGCCAGAAUCGAGGUGGUGACUGUAUUCGAAAUGGUAGGACUGAACCAUUGACUAUUCCACGCGCAACGAGGGAAAUCGAACGGUUGACAAAGAGGGUCCAGGAACUGGAACAGCAGCUUCAAGAUCAAUUUAGACCAUUGGGGAACCCAGCAUCCCCAGGAAAACCUCCGUCGGUGCAAUCUCUAGACCCCUUUCACGGCCAUGGAAGGACCAAAAUGCACUGGGAAGGCGUCCACACUAGAAGUGCCAAAUCAGACCAAACACAGUAUUAUGGUCCCUCGUCAUCGUUCUAUUUCAUCGCCCGUGUCAGCUCCUAUCUCGGUACGGUGCUUGGUUUGCCGACCUCGGAGUAUUACAUGCAGCCAAAUUCCGCCAGCAGGUCGUUCGCUAGUCCAACGAGUGCGAGUGUCAAAGUAAAUCGCCAAGAACCGGACAUAACGCUCGAGGAGCCGACGACAGGUGAUUAUCUAACUGAGAUUCAAGAGGAAUAUUUUCUCGGUUUGUUCUGGCAUUCGUAUCACUGCAUGUACCAGAUUCUGGAUGAGGCUGAGUUCAGGCAACAUUAUCGAUCAUUGUGGACGGAGUCAGGGGCAGCUCGCAAACCGUCUGCGUUGGUAGAUAUUGUACUGGCGCUGUGCAUGCAGUACGGCGUCUCGGUUCUUUCCCGCAGCGGAUCAGACUUCAAAACAGACGUGGACAGCACUGAUGCCACCAUCGCCGGGAGAGCUCUGUAUCGCCGAUCACAGUCGCUUCUGAACAACGAGCUGGAAAGUCCCUCCCUUGUCACCCUACAAUGCCACAUCUUCACCCUAAUUUAUCUUUGUAAUGCAUCGUUCCAGAACAUGGCUCACAACCUCCUAGCCACUGCCGUGCGUACGGCCCAUAUCCUAGGUCUACAUUUAGAGCCGCCAGAGGACCUACCUCUCGCACAGAGAGAGCUACGCCGGCGUAUCUGGUGGACCCUAUAUUCCAUUGAGGUCAAAACAUGCAUGAAGCUCGGUCGACCCUGGUCCAUGCAAAUGGAAGAAAUUACCUGCGGCUUACCUAGUGACGACCGUCAGCUUGCGUUUGCAUCGGGAUCUAAUUUUGCUUCAUCCGGCAACACAACUUGGCUUACGUACAGCGUGCAGAUGAUUAAAUUAGUCAUGUCUGCCCGGGCUAUCUAUAGUGCCUUCUAUGAUCGCUGCGCUGAUGUUCUCACUGCCACUGGCGGCAAGAGCUUGUAUGCCAAUCCGGCUUCUCUGGAGACUUGCGCCGACUUUCUUUUCUCGAGUAUGGGCUGCUUGGAAAGUUGGUUAAGAGAUUUACCUGAGGCGAUGAUGACCAAACGAAAAAACAUGGGGCAGGCAUUCUCCACCGAUGCAUCGGGUUUAGAUAUUGAACGCUUCGCCCCGGAGUGGCUGCAAAGACAAAGGGUCCUCCUGGAACUGCUAUAUCAUAAUCUGGUUAUGAAUAUGACUCGGCCGUUUAUUACCUUUCUGUCAAAGCCUCGAUCUCCUACUCCAAAAGCAGAUAAGUCUGCAGAAAGGAGUGUCAACCACGCCAUGGCAAUUACGUUAAUUAUGCAUCAGAUGCUUACCGAGACUAAGCUCCUGAACGGCUGGCAUGAGGCCUUUCAGUGGCAGUGGAACGCGGCCUUAACAAUGAUCGGAUUCAUCAUUGCCUAUCCUACUUCUCCAACCACCGCCGAGGUACGGAAGGUGAUUGACACCGCGACGGCAGUAUUCGAUAUCAUGGGGAUGAGUUUCGCUACCGCAGCUAAUGCAGCCAACGUGACAAGGGACGUCACUGCAAAGGCGGAUUUUCUUGCUCGUCGAGCACAAAAUAUGCAGACAAUGUCUCCGCUCCCGGAUAAAGUCGACUUGAAUAUCGUCGACAGACAGUCUCACUCUCUAUCCUUUGCCGAUCUCGACCAGGAGCUUCCGGUAGGAUUAGAAGAUUCUAUGGGCCUCGCCUUUACAGUAGACUCGUUCACUAGCUUUGAGCCGCUCUACGCAGGCAAUCUUUUUGAUAUGUGGACAAUGCCAGAUUUCAAUUCGGAUAAUCUAUAACUGCUUAAAGCUACUGCGUUUAACCCUUCAGCCCUAC